UGUAUGGUAUUGUUUUAUUUUAAUAACAACCAUUGAAAGAAAAAAUAUCUAAACAAACAACUUUAAACAAUUUAAAGCAAAAUAGUUCCCUCAUAAACAAAAAAAAGUGCUAAAACAUAUUUUAUUGCUAAAUAUCAAACAAACCGCCCGCCUAUAUUUUUUUGGAUUACGCGCUAGUUUUUUUUUGUCUCUUCUACAACACAAACUUUGGAUUAAUUCAUCUCAGCUAUAGCUUUUGGAAUUAUUAUUACUAUUGGGAUUAUUUAUUGUGACAAAUACCUCGCUUUAAUAUGGCUGCUGAUUUAACAACAACAUCGACUACCGCCUCAACGGAAAAUCUUUAUAUGCAUUUAAAUGCUUCCGAAUUGUCGGCGAUUAUAAUGAAAGGUUCACCCCAUUCCAAUGAUCGCGAUGCUGGUUUCUGUUCAGGCAGUUCAGAAGGUGGUGAUGAUUAUUUUAGUGAUAAUUUACGCAUGGAACCCAGUAGUCCUACGGAUAAUUCCGAAGAUUCAGUGGAAGUUAAAGUCACACCGAUUUCAUUGGUGCGCAAUAAACGCAAAAGUUCAGAACCUUCAAAGGUGGUAGAAGAAAAAUCGACAGCUUCUCAAUCGAAUGGACCGCUUAAGAAACGCAUACGUUAUUCCUCGAAUACCGAUUCGGGUGUUGUUCUAACACCGCCGGCGGUAACAGUAACCUCACCACCACCACAACUAUGGGAUCCUAGUCAGAUAUUACCUCAUGAAAUGAUGCCAAAUCCGGCCCAGGUAUUUGUAAGACAUCCUGGUGUUACCACUUUGCAUAGACUGCCCUUGGAUGCGGAGGAACAAAGCGAAGAACAACAAGAACCCUUGGCUUUAGUCCUAAAGAAACCAGUCGAUAAUUUGGAAAGCAGUAAUGGAAGCUCAACAUCAAAGGGUUUAACACCUAAGAAAAGAUUUACCCGCGAAUCGUCCAUAGAACAAACACCACCCAAGAAAAAUGCCAGCAAUACUAGCAGCAAUAGCUGUAGUACAGAACAGGCUUCAGUUACCCUAGUACCACCACCAGCUCUCUCCUUAACCUCCUCCCAUGAAGAAUCUUCUCUAAAUACCUCAGGCUCACAGAAAAACUCCUCGAAACCGCAACAGCGUAACUAUAAAAAUAUGACCCGAGAAAGACGCAUAGAGGCCAAUGCCCGCGAACGUUCACGUGUACAUACCAUCUCGGCGGCCUAUGAAACUUUAAGAAAAGCUGUACCCUCCUAUUCGAACAAUCAAAAGCUUUCAAAGCUUUCCGUUUUAAGAGUAGCCUGUUCCUAUAUUUUAACUUUGUCACGAAUGGCAGGUUAUGAUUAUAGUGCAGAUGAGUCUGAGCCCUCAAUAGCUUCCUGUUUUGAUGCCGUUACCGCUACCAUACAAACGGAGGGUAAAAUACGCAAGAAGAAGGAAGAUGAGAAAUAAAUUUAAACAAAAAUAUAUAACAAAACAAAAACUCUUUAAGGACUGAUGAACACUUUAAAAUAAUAAUUUAUAUAAAUUUAAUUUACAAAAAAAUACAAGCUUUUGGUAAAUGUUUAAAAAGACUUAAGAAGGCUUAAAAGCUUUCUUUUAAAUACAGUUCAAAAGCUUUAAAACAAGCUUUUUUUCUUACCUAUAAACAUUUCCUAAAAGCUUUUAGGAUUUUUGCUUAAAAAUACAUUUUUUCUAAAGAAAAAAAUAACUUCGUUAAGGCUUUAAUUACAACAUUGUUGAAUAGCUUUUAAGCUAUUUACAGUCAUUAUUUCAUAAGUUAACCAUACUUUAAGCUUUCUUUAUUAAAGCUUUCCCUAUACGUUUGUAAGUUUAAAACAAAAUAAUAAACUAUAUGAUAUUAAAUCAUUUCUUAAAUGUGAUGUUGCUUUAAACAAACAAUUUGUAAAAAAAAUACUUAAAUUUAAGAUAAAACUAACCCACUGUUAAUUAGAAAAAAAAGCUUUCAUUCCAAUAAAAGCUUUUUUAAAAAAAGACAAUAAAUUGUAAA